AUGGACGAAUCACAUAUCUAUGAGAACCGAACAAACAUAACACCAGAUCAUUCUGGCCAAGGGAAGAAUUUACCAGAGAGCUCACAGAAGGCUGAUGCAUACGAGAACAUAUCUCAGUCUCUGGAGAUGAGCAUGGUUGGAACUUCACUCUCAGGUGCUCAAGAUGUAAAGAAGAGGUCAUACAGAAUAGCCACAGUUUGUCUUGGCCUGCUGUGUGCUCUCCUCCUGGCUGGACUCAUUGUUCUGGCUUUACUGCACACAAAGCAUGUUUCUGAAUGGAAUUCAUACAACGAAGAGUUACGCAUCAGUUAUAAUAAUGUGACCAAAGACAGGAACCAGCUAAAGACCACCUACAACAACCUGGCCAGUGAACGAGACCAUCUACAGACCAGUUACAGCAACAUGGUCAACCAACGAGACCAGCUACAGACCAGGAACAACGAUCUUACCAAUGAAAAACAACAGCUGCAGAAGUCUCUGGAACAGUUGACUAGCUGGAGAAACGACCUGCACAGAAGUUAUAAUGAUGUGACCAAAGAACGGAACCAGCUACAGACCAGCUACAACAACCUAACCAGUGAACGAGACCAGCUACAGACAAGCUACAACAACCUAACCAGUGAACGAGACCAGCUACAGACCAGCUACAACAACCUAACCCAUGAAAACGAGCAGCUUUGGAAGACUUUGGAGGAGUUGACUACUUGGAGAAAUGACCUGCCCAGAAGGCUUCGAGAUCAUGAUGGAUGGGUGUAUUUCGGCGGUAGUUUCUACUUCGUGUCUUCUCUGGAGAGGUCCUGGGAUGAAGGCAGGGCCGACUGUCAGAGCAGAGGUGCUGACCUGGUGAUCAUCAACAGCAGAGCAGAACAGGACUUUGCUAGAACCUUCAAAAAGCGCCUGUGGAUCGGACUGACGGACACAGACAGACACGGGACAUGGAAAUGGGUGGAUGGGACUCCGCUGACAACAAGGUACUGGGCCCCUUCAGAGCCAAAUGGAAAACAUGAACACUGUGCAGAAAUAAAGCUUUUUGAUUUGGAAAACAGUUUGAAUGAUGAAUCAUGCAACAACCGUUUCUCCUGGAUCUGUGAAAAGAGAUUUGCUCUGUAG